AUGCCACAGUCUUUGUCAAUUUACAAUCUGCAAUGGUACAUCCUGACUUUCAUGCUAUGUGCAACUCAAAUCUCAUUUCAUUCUCUAGCAUUACAAAACAUUAAAGCAAGUGAGAAUGAAGUACAAGAAGCAAAAUCAAUGAACUACAAUGUCUGGACAAGCCCAGCUAUAUUUUCAAAAUCAUCUCCAAGGAGACAACUAUCUGGGUCAACUGACCCAGAUAAGUUUUCAUUGUAUGCUACAUCCCCAGAAGAUAUAUUCCAGCAGAGUAGGGGCCAUACCUCAAAAAAACUGGUUGAGACAAUACUUCAUUGCAGAGAAAGAUUUGCUGUCAAAGGGCCAAGAAACAAUCCUGAAGGCAUAGAUUCACGCACUGAUGAGCCAAAUCAUGCAACUUCUUGGUCCAAGUCUUCAGAAAGAUAUAUAGAAGAACCUGGGAAUUCAAGAGUAAAUGACAGAAGUGCCAGUUCAUCACAAUCAUCAGGACCCACAACACAUGCUCAAUUUUAUACAGAUCCAAAUCAGGUUCAGGAUUUCAAAAGUGUUUUUUUGAGAAACCCUCCAGACUUAACAAAGAUAAAUUCUGAAAGGCUGAUCAAGGAUAACAAUUCAAAGGAUAAGGUAACAAACACAAUGUCAUAUGAUUCUGAACGCAGUGGAUCACAUUCUCUUCAGGAACCUCAAAAACUCUCCACAAAGAUUGUGACUGUCAGUCAUUCUGAAGAGCUAAAAAGUCAGGCCUUCCAGUUACAUCAUUCAAAACCCUUGAAGAAUGAAAUCAAAGAAACACUGAUGAGUAAGUCUGGAGGUCCUCUGAACAAAGAUAAGGAAAUAAAAUCAAGCAAAGUGAUAGAAAUCUCUUCUACAUCAACUGAUGAUCCCAAAGGAAAGUCUUUGGAUGAAGAACAGUGGAAGGUUGUCAAGGGGAAGGGGAAGGGGAAAGGGAAACUAUCCAAGAAUCAUAAUCAGGCUUUGCUCAGUGGGGAUGCUGAUGAAUUGAAAGCUGGAAAUCAAGCUGGUGAAAUCCCAUGGGAAUCAUUAAAAUUUGAAGCCUUGAAUUCAGACUCUAAAGAAUCCAAAAAUAUUCAUGAGAAGACAGUUCAAGAAGCUCAGGAGCACAGUUAUAUAAGAAAUGACUCAAGUGAAGGCUCUGGAAGAUCAUCAAAUGAGUUGGCUAGUGCGUCCAAGAGUCAUGGGGAGACUUUUGUAGAAGACAACAAAGGGGGUGAAACUCAUGUUUCCGUACAUGAUAUUUCACCAAGUGCUGUAGAUCAGGUCAGCUCCACAAGAAUAUUUCCAGGGGAUGUGUUCCAACCCACAAAAAAGCACCCUUCUCAGAUGCAGCAGAAGGGUAGAAAAAAGAAAGGAGGACAAAGACUUAGAUCAACAUCUAGAGUUAAAAACACUGAUUUGAGUGAUGAGCCCAAAGAAGUUGAGGCUUUAAAUAUCCCAAGCAAAGAACACAAGCAGAAGGAAACAAGAGAGAAGGAAUCUUAUACUGGUUUAUCUUUUGAUGAAUUUUUCAAAGUGGUCUUUCAGGAGGAAAGAAAAGAGAUUGGUGUGGAUAUCAUUGCUGAUGAUUCUACAUUUAGAUACCUUGAUUCAAUCAAGAAAGACAAUGCGGAUAUGUUAAAAAAGGCUUAUGAAAAAGCACAGCUUGCAAUUUGGAAGUUUGAUGAAGGUUGCAUGAGAACUACUUCAUUUUCUAAGAUGUAUGAGGAAUACAUCAUUCAAAGAAGAUGGAGAACUUAUGAAGGAAGACUUCAUGAUGAUAUCAAGAAGGUUUGCAAGAUCCUCAGAGCUGAUGAGAAAUGGCCAUUAUAUGAACAAGCCACUGAAUCUGAUUGGAAAGAGCUAUCAGUUGCAUUGUCUACAGUGAAAGAAGAGGAGUACAAGUACAAGCAACUAUGCUGGUUGUUUUCAGGGUACCUUUGGAAUAGGGUUGCUACAUUUCACUUGAGUGUCAAUAAAGCAUAUCAGAAUUCUAAUAUAAUGCAAAGGGUCUUGCAAGAUGGAGCAAUUGAGAAAGGUGCAAGUCUGCCUGUUCUAGCUUGUAUAUCUGAUGUCCUUGAGCUUGGAUCAGAGAGGGUUUUCUGGGAGACCUUAUCCCAAGAUGACAUCAAUAAAAAGGCACUCAUGUUGAUAAAUAUAAUGAAGGGAGAGUUUACCCUACCUGAUGGUCAAACUCUCCACAUCUUUCAUCAUGGGUGGAAUAGUGAAUACACCAGAUACUAUCUAGCAUGUCCAACAAAAUUCCUGUGCAAGAUUUUCAACUCACGUUUAAGACAACUGGCAGUCUUGGCUAACAGGGGUGGCAGCUAUGACCAUGUUGACAAAAGCAGUAGUGAUGUUCCUGAAAAACUAAGUGAUAGUGCUGUUCCUGAAAUCAAAAGUGGUAAUGAUAUUCCUGAGGACAAAAGGGGAAGUGAUGUUCCUGAAAAGAAAAGUGACAAAGCCCAAGAUAUAGAUGAUGUGAAAAUUACUCCAGGAGAGGCUUUGGUCUCAAUCCAUGUUGCCCUUGAGAUUGAGAAGCUGAAAGAACUUAAAUCAGUCUUCAAAUCACAGAAAGGUAAAGGAAGAUACUUUGGUAUUUGGAAUCCAGAAGUUUCACUUGACUUGAUGAGUAAAGCAGUCUCUUUUAAGCAGUUUUUUGAUUUCUUUGAUCACAAGGUUCUGGGGUUCAAAAAAUUCAUGGAACAAUACAAAGCAAGCUUCUCAACUAAGGAGAAAUCUGUGAUAACUGAAAGAGGGUUUUGA